ACUCCAGGGCAAGAGUUUACAUACGGCAAGUGUUAUUGGGCAGGGGUUUGGUUACACCUGGACGACCAGGGUCGGUGCUUAUUGGUGCACACAGAAAAGCGCAAUCCUCUCUUCAUGAAAAGAACCAAUCGGGACAAGUAAACAACUAGCAAAAAGGAAGGAAAAAACAACAACAUCUGCGUCACAUUUUUGGGCGCUACUUAAAAACUGAAGGGUCAGAGUUAUACUGAGUUACUGCGACAUGGUGGUCGUAACAGAUAAGGUCGGACAUAGCGCACGCGUCUGCACAGGCGUGUGGCUGCGCGGUGCGCUGCUCUGGAUCCUCUCCUCUCGUGUCGUGUCAUACCACGUGACCGUACCUGAGGAGCAAGUGGUGGCGGUCCGGGGCAGUUCAGUGGUUCUGGGCUGCGAGUUCACCCCUGACCCUGAGGCUGCCCCUAACUUCCCUGACCUGGUGGUCAACUGGCAACGGGUGGAAGACUCCCAAGUGGUCCACAGCUUCUAUUAUGGGCAGGACCAGCUGGAGCGUCAGGGUAGAGCUUACUGGAACCGCACGGCUCUGUUUAUUUCAGAGCUCGGAAGGGGCAACGCGUCGCUCCAGAUUGGGCCCGUGGACCCGGGGGAUGUGGGACGCUAUUUCUGCGUUGUCAGCACAAAGGAUGGAACAGAUCGGGCGGAGCUCCAGCUGAAUUACGCAGCUUUCUACACGGAGCCCCAGUUGAGCAUCGACGUCAACUCCUCCAGCAUGACGGUUCGCUACAAAGCAGAAGGCUUCCCCAAGCCAGAGGUACGCUGGGUGGGUGCGCAAGGGGAGGACCUCCAGCACCAUGAGGAGCUCUCCUGUAGGGAAGCAGGGCUUUGCCACUUGACGAGCAGCUACAUGGCUGAGACCCACUCCCUCAAUGUCACCUUUAUGCUAAAGAACCAACUUCUGAAACAGGACCUGAAGAGGCCCGUGAACGUCAGUUAUACUGAUGGGAAUGGCUCCUUUCAUUUCCUCGUUAAAGUAACUGCAACACUUGCUGUGUUUUGCACUGUGCUGUGCAUUGCUGUACUUGUAGCUUGCUGGCAGCACUGCAGGAAGUAGUAGACUGACAGAAUUCUAAUGAGCUGCAGGCCUACACGGGCCAGAAAAACCUAAAACUCCACAGACACCAAAAAUGAGUGGCAUGUACAUAAUAGCAGCGUUGAUGUAGUGAAACAGGAAACACGAAACCAUCUGAAAAGAUGACCCUGCCCCACCCUAUCGGAAGCCACAGAAAUCAAGCUGACAGCAAGAGUACUGGAGCUACUUGCUACAGGGUUGUUGACGCAGAUAUUUUAUGGCGCUGAUAUUUUAUGUUGCAUUAAUUUUAGUUUUAGGGUUAUGGUUAUGGUUAGGAUAGCAUUUUAGGGUUAGAGUUAGAGUUAGGGUUAGGAUUAGGGUAAACGCCAUUUAGAUGCUACGUUCUAGCUUCAGGUCAGUUUCUGUAUGCAUAUCUAUUGCAGCAGUGGGCUGGAGCAGGUAAAUGAGGUGUGGAGUGAGUGCAAGAUCUGUGUACUGAUUGGCUGAAUUACUACCAUGAGCUGUUUAAUAUGCUGGAUAUGCUGAGGGCAUGCGGACAGCCAUGCGGAUGAUGACCAGUUUCAAAUCACAACAGCUGGCUUUAACAUGGAACCAUGGAACCAGCCAUAGAAAUGAAAUAACUUCAGCCUAUUCUAUAUACCUCAGUUCAGUUAUUUCCAAUUACAGCAUAUUCCAUUAACUUCAGUUAAAUUAUAGACUUUACUUCAAUGCAAAAAUGGGUAGGCAUGGUAAUUCAAGGAGUGAUUU